UGACCUCCUGCAACAACAGGUUGAAGACCUUAAAUCCAGAAUAAAUUGCUGCGGAUUCCUUUACGACCUCAGAUCUUAUAGUCUUAAGAUCCCGUUUGUUUUGCAUGUCCAAGAACUGAAUCAAAUAAAACCCAACUUCAGUUCAGUAGGUUUCGUAAACACAUAAUUUAAUUGUUUUAAACAUCUGUUGCGUACAUAGAAGAACUGAUUUUAAAAAGUAUUUUUUUUUUUUAUAGUCAAUUUAAGCGAUAAGUUUAUCUGUAUUGCAAAGUCUCUGACGUUAUUUUUUGUGUAACAAGAAAGCUUUUGUCUGUAAAAAAAACUAACUUGACUUUAAAAAUGGUGACCGACUGAAUGUGAGAAGUGCCCUCAGACUGAAUGCAUGGUGUCCCGCCGUAUUAACUCCCCUCAUAUGACUGCUCUUGUUGUGUGAGAGCUGAAGACGGUGUGACUGAAAUGAGAGAAGGAGAGGGAAAGAGAUGCACUGAGAAUCACUGGGGGCAAUAAAUUGACCCGUGCAUGGCCUCUGUGGUUUCAUGUUUUGAGACUUCAGGGAUUUUUCUUGACUUGCAUUGAUUUAGGAGAGCUUUAACCCCCCCUUAAAACCUCUAAGUCUGCUGUUUUAUCACCAAAACAAUUAUUAUUUUUACUCAGUCACACAGGCUGAUAUAUUAAUGCCCCCUUUUUUUUAACACCUUUUAUAUAAAAAGGAAGCUCCCCAUUGGCUGAGUCACACUCCACCCUCCGCCUCCUUUACCAGGUUUCCCGGGCAACCAUGUCAGGGUGGAGAAAAAGAGCAAAUCAUGUGAGGGCAAAGCAUCUUCCCCCUCUCUGUCAUUCUCUGUGUGCUUCAGAUUGUGUGUAGAAAAGCUCCUCUCGAGGCGCUCACUUGAGCUCCUCCUUACACUGCAGAGUGGACGCAGAAACUCAAGGUAGAGCGUCACUCCAGCACGGGGGAUCCCGUCAAGUCAUUCCAUUGACCUUUUCCUUCUCCCAAAGUCCCCCCGCCCUCCCACUCGCUUUCCUGAUGUGCGGUGGGUCUCCCUCCUGUCCUCGUCACCCCUCCGCUCGCUAAGCUUCUCCGCACAGCCUGGACAAGCGGCUGCAUCGAUGCAAAAAUGGGAUGUGGCAAUUCCUCCACCACCAGCACCUCAGGAGGGGGGCCUGCAGAGGCUUCCAAAGAUGUGACAGAAGAUUCCUCAGUAGAAGAUGAAAAAAGAAGGAACUAUGGCGGCGUGUACGUGGGUCUACCCGCAGACCUGACCGCUGUGGCGGCCAGCCAGUCCAAGUCCACACGAAAAGACUAGCAACUACAGAAACGCAACAAAGACCACAGGAGCCUGGUUAGAUGCGCUGAUCUGCAUUUUCACCUUUUCGUACGUGGAAAAGUUGUUUCAUGGAGCCACACAUGGAUGCUCCUUUUGUAGCUUCCAUCAGCAGACUCCGCUUCGCAAACAAAGCAGCAAGUACUAGAAAAGAACACACUUUGGACAAACAGUGGGCAACAAAAGCAGGCGUAGAGGCAGUUAUCUUUGCUGCUCUGUCAUGACUUCAAAACUUUCCCUUUCUCAGGAGGAAACGGAGGAUCCUGCAGACACACAACAGCCUUCUGCAGUAAUAGCCUCUUCUUGGUACUUCUCUGCUGUGCAUCAGUGACUCAUUGUGUGGCGAAGACAUAAAUCAUCAUCGCAAAAAGCCGCAAACGUGACAGAAUAUCGGCAUUAUUCAAAACAGCUUUGAUUGCAAUCAGGGAGCUGCUGCUGGAACAGAAACACAGCUGAACAAUGACUCUCACAGGCCAAAUUAAAGUUGUUUUAACUCAGUUUCCUAAAUGUUCUGGGAGUCCCAACCAGGUUUGUGUAUUUUCAACUUACGCCUCCCACUUGUUAAAUGAUUUUAGUACAAGAGUUGUGACACUUAGAGGACCUGCUGACUGCCUUCUUCAUGCUCUAUCUAGUAGCUUCUCUUUCUAUAUAAAUAUAGUUAUAGACACUAUGUUUUAACCCCCAUGGAUUAUUAUUAUUUUUCGUUUGUUUCCAGGUAAAGAAAACAAAGAAUAUAUAAGAUAGAAAAAAGGAAAAGAAAUACAAGAUAUGCUCAGUUAUUAUUUUUUGUGUAAUUAUUUGACAAUUUGGUGGUCUGUCUGAUCCAUCACAAAUAAUGUGAAUCUUACUUAAAUGCAUAUACCAAUGUCAUUGAUUCUCACUUUUUAGAAUGACAAUUUUCAUAUUCAUCCAUUUUUUUGAAGGAGUGAGAAUGUUUUACUUCCUUUUUUGGUCACAUCUGUGCACAUUUCCAAGAUAAAAAUUGUUUAGUCAUUGUUUGGCCAGAGUUAACAUGUGCUGUGCAGUUAUAAAAGCUACAAAUAGUUAAUUUAGUUCCAGGAAUCUCAUUUUGUAUUCUAGAUUUACUGGAAAAUCAAAGAAAACCCUCUUGGUUUAUUUGACUAUAUAUGUAAGUUUACACAGUUUUCAGAACAUGGAAAAAGAGUUUGUGUUUUGUUGAAGUAUCCUUAAAAAAUACUUUAAAAUGAUAAGAUUUUAGAAUCAACAGAAGUGGUUUGAAAACAGAAGUCAACAUAGACAUAAAAUAAUCAAUUAGGCAGAUUUAUUUCAAAAAUCUGUGUAUGUGUGUAACAAAAAACAUUGUGGUCGUCCACAUGGGAACUGGCUGUUUUGGAAGCGUAGCUGGGAGAAAAACACUUCCCUCUAAGGACAACAUGACCAAAUAGUUUAGUUCUGCAAAGAUGCAUUCAAACAAGCCAAGAACAAACAAACAAAAAACAUUUUCACUGUAACUACAGGGCAAAGUGGUGGGUGUAUAGUGGUUAGUUCUUUCUCUUUUUUGUCCAAUAACCUGGAUAUUAUGCACACACUGAGUUUACUUUAUGCUUGUUUAACCACAGAGUUCUACAGGUUAAAUUAUGGCUCUAUCUAUCAGUAAAGCUUUGCCAAAAUUAAAUGUCCUCAACAAGGAACUCCAAGCACCAUCAGCUAAUUUUGUAGGGAUUCCAAAAUGAGAAAAGAAUUAAUGCCAGCCAGUCUAAGCUACAUUUCUGACUACUUUGAUAUGAUGUAAAGCUCUGCACAGACAAAAGCUCUAAACUUUUUCUAGCAUGACGAAGGAUAAUAUGAUCUUUUACUCAAGCAGGAGACAGAAAACGUGUUCUAACAUUCAAUUCACAGAUUAUUGAUUAUGUUUUAUGAGCUUCAUUUGCAUUUUAUUUGGACUUUUCAGGAUUAUUGUGCUGUUCAACAGAUACAGAAAGCUAGAAUUCACUGAUUUGCAAAUGUAUUUUUCAUUAUAAAAAGCAUAAAAAACCUAAGAGUCAGCACAUUAAAAAUUAAGUGCUAAUAAGUAAAGUUUGAACUAAAUUUGAUUUCAUUUAAUAUUUUGAUUUUAUUUACAUUUUUUUUAUGUCUGUUUUUAUAAAGUGCAACAAAGUGCUUUCCUUUCUCUUGUUACACAAAUUUUAUCUAUUCAUCAUUUUCUAUAAACCACAAAAAUAAAAUUAAUUUAGUUAAAAUACAAAUCAGAUUCCCAGUUUUUGAUUAUUUUUCAGGCAAAUUUCUUGAAAAAAUGGUGAGAUUUUGACAUAUUCUGUUUUUCUCCAUUAAAAUAAUAAUAAUAAUAAUAAAUGUCUGUUUUAUCUCUGUUUUGAUUCUUGUUUUUUCCUUCAAGUUAAACUGCAGCAGAAAAUGAAAAUGUUUGCUUAAAGUAAAGAUACUAACAAGAUAAAACGUCACAUGACCUCUAAUAAAAACAGAAAAAAUAGUAAGAAACUAAUGAAUUGAGUUGUUUAACACAAAAAGAACAUUUUUAUAGACAAAUGUAUCCUCCAUCUCUCCUAACAUAAACUAUGUUUGUGUUUUUUAUUGUUAUUAAUGCAAACAUCAGAAAAGUACAGGUAAAAGACACUGAAUAAAAGACAGAUUGAGUGAUUUGAGAAACUGAUUUGUGAGCCAAUGAGCUGCAACACGUUUUAAUUUCAAACUGGAUGAUUGUUUGUUAACUUCUUUGAAUCAAGACAUUUUUGAAACUUUUCAUUUCUGUUGUUCACGUUUUCUUUUGCUCCUGCUCUGGGUGCUUUUUGCCACAUGUCUUAGGUAGCACUGGUUGCAUGCGAGUUGGAGAUAUACUGAAGUAUCAUGUUUCGGCUGCCCAUUCAAAAAAAAUGAUUGUACAUUUUUUUGUGUAAUAAAGCCAAUUUUUAUUGA